UGUUUACAAUAUAAACAUCUAAACAUUCGAAAAAUACUAAAUUAUUUCAAGUAUUAAAAAUAAUUAUUUUAAAAAUACUAACUGAAUAUGGCAACUCCUCAAUCGAACGAUGCUGAUACAAAAAAUAAGGAAGAACAAAUUCAAGCUACAUACAAUGAAAAUGAUCCCAGAGCACAAUCAAUUAGUGUACAUGCUAAUUUGUCCAAUACUGAUUUUGAAAAUGCAUCGUCGGUGAGAAAAUUUCUUGAUGAAGAUGAUGAGCCAGAUUGUCCGUUAAAAAAUAACAAUGAACUAUAUUGCUGUGAUCGAGAAACGGCAAAAACGUUGAUGUAUUUAAUAGACAGUAGAGAUCGUCAAAAGGUGUUAACAUGGAUAAGAAAGCUAGACGAGAUGAACGAGGGUGAUGACAUGUUGGAACGUGUGCACUACAUCAGAUACCUGGUAUCCACACUGAGUGGAACGUUAGGAUUGGUAGAACCGUUCACGUCUAUGCCCCCACUAAUAGUAAAACCUUUGAAACUUAUCUUACCGCCUGUUGUAUACGCCGAUCUAUUGAAAGACCAACCUGAGCCUUGUUUAAGGAAAAAAAUAUAUGGUCAUAAAAUGCCGAAUUCGAAUAGUCAAUUGCUACAAGACAAACGGUUUUAUGAACAACAACUAUUUCCACCAGAAGGCAUUAUAUGCUAUGCGGCUGCUUUUAGUGUCAUAUAAGCAUUGUUCGACUGAAGUGGUGACAGUGGUGUCUAAUAAAAUUCAAAGCGUUUUAUAAUUUUGAUA